UCUUGGCGCUGUCGCUUUAUUCCACGCUCUUUGACGAUGGCGUUUUCGCAGACACUCCCUUGAAUGAUUGAACCGUCCCGUCAUACCUCGCGUGGCCAACGGCUCUCCGCCGACUGUUCGCUCAUUGAAUUACCGUGUUCAGCCUGUUCGGCUUGAUUUGGGGCAAUAAAUUGGAGAAACGCGGGUUACACCAGCACAUUUGAAAGCCGUCGCGCUAUCCCGGCCUUCUGCUUAUCUGACUGGGCGUGCUUUCCUGGGCUCGCUGGCUGGUUUUGGUCGGGGAGGCAGGGGGAAGUACGGAGCUGGUCCCGAGUGAUGAUGGAGCUGGAGUCGGCCAGUAACAGAGGCGACCUGGUAGCUGUGGGGGACUCGCUGCAGCCGCAGACCCCGAGCAGGCACGAAAAGAGCCUGGGGCUGCUCACGACCAAGUUUGUGACUUUACUACAGGAGGCGAAGGACGGGGUGCUGGACCUAAAAGCUGCGGCAGACACCUUGGCUGUGCGUCAGAAACGGCGUAUCUAUGACAUCACUAACGUGCUGGAAGGUAUUGGGCUGAUAGAGAAGAAGUCCAAAAAUAGUAUUCAAUGGAAGGGUGUUGGUCCAGGGUGCAACACCAGAGAGAUAGCCGAUAAGCUGAUUGAUCUGAAGGCGGAGCUCGAUGACCUGGCCCUUCGGGAACACGAGCUGGACCAGCAGAGAGUCUGGGUCCAGCAAAGCAUCAAGAACGUGACAGAUGACUCCAACAACAGCCCUAUGGCCUAUGUAAAGCACGAAGAUCUCUGUGGAGCAUUUAAAGGUGACACUCUCCUCGCCAUCCGUGCUCCAAUAGGCACACAGCUAGAGGUGCCCAUACCAGAAUCUGUUCUCAACGGACAGCGAAAAUACCAGAUCCGUCUUAAAAGUACAUCUGGUCCCAUUGAAGUUUUAUUGGUCAAUAAAGACCCCUCCAGUGCCUCUCCCGUUGUUUUGCCCGUUCCUCCUCCAGAUGACGUCCUACAGAACCUCCCAGCUCCAACACCUACCUCCCAGUUGCCCACUGCCACCACACAGGUCCCUAAAACAGCUGUUGCUCCUCCCACAAAAACAGCUCCUAUCACAUCGGCCAUCCAGACAGCAACGGAGGUGACAGCCACCACAGCGCUCAGCCCAACAACCGAAACGCCCGCUGCAGUUACUCAGCAGCUGCAGUCGUCCGCCUCUCUGGACGGUCCCGCGUCGUCUUCUGCCUCUGCAGGAUUCGAACCAAUGAAGUCAGGUCCAUCUGAGUUGCUGGACUUCUCUGAAAUGUUUGACCCAACAAAAGAGAUCAUGAGUGGUGACCUGCUGGAGGACUUGAUGUCAUCAGAAGUGUUCUCUCCUCUCCUUCGCCUGUCACCUCCACCCAGUGACCACGACUACAUAUACAACCUGGACGAGACAGAAGGUCUGUGUGACCUGUUUGACGUCCCCAUUCUCAACCUCUGACCUCCGAGAUUGUCGUCAGAGCAGGAAACAGUUGGCCCAAAUAUAAUCGACCCUCAUUUUAUCCGAGUUUUGCCCCUCCCUCUCCGUGACGGUGAAGGCGGGAGAAGGUGCAGGACAGCCAUCCCCACCUGAGGAGCAUUUAGGGGCACCUCUGCACUGACACGAUGAGCUCCAGCUGAGCUCUGGUAGCAGCUCCAUGUGCCGCCUCCUGAAGAAACGCAGGCGAGAACAAAACGUUUUACUUACCGAUUUUCCAAGGAAAAAAAGAGUCGGAAUUAUAUUUUUGGGGGAUUUUUAUGUAUCAUAAGGGGUUACGUUUGUGUAUCGGCUGCGUGGGCACACUUGAUGCGAGCGAGCUUGUGUGUCUGUGAGUGUGUUUUUGUAUAGACCGAUCUCUUAAGUCAGAAGUCUCCGGGAUUUAAGAGAAACCUUUUACUAUCAGGUUAAAAGUCAUGGCACGCUAAGUUCAUGCAUGACGUCACUGAGUCCAAACAGAGCUGGUUAAAAUGCACUGUCCUCAUGUACAUAGAGAAUAUAUAUUUUGUAUUACCAGCGCAUUAGAACUUCACAGAGAAAUCAUUUGCAGGUAAACCAAGUCGCCACACUCAGUUAGUCAUACAUGUAAUCUUAUAUGAACUGCUUUCUUUAGCAUAAUGGGACAUUUUCAAAUCCUUCAGAGUUCGAGUGUUUUUUGUACCAGUUUCAUGAUCUUAAUGCAAAACUAAGCCUAUUUAAAUUUGUGAUACAAGGAAUCAUGGACCAAAAACAUCAUUUAAUUAAAAGGUCAAACUUGGUGCUUGCUAAAAUCAAAAAUCUUCUGUAAACUUUGCUGUAUAACUGACUUCAAGCUGGUACUAGUGCUUCUAAACUUGCAAUUUUCUCCUUUUUUAAGAAAAUCGGGCUCACUUUAGUCAUUAACUCCUGUUUGUCAGAGGACAAACUCCCCUCUCCUUCCAAAAUGACUUCUUUCACUCAUAAUGUAUGUAUAUGAAUGCCAUCAUUUGUAUGUAAAAGGCAUUUUUGAUGUACUUUUUUAUUGCUGCAGUGAAACGUGUAUUUCUUGAAUUAUCUUUUUUUUUUAAGUGUAUAUGUGGCACAGAUCCCUUUUUCUGUAGUUUUAAUGGUUUUUGUUGUAAGCAGAAAAUCUGCCCAUCACUCUAAAUUACACCUUUCACCUUAGUUGAUUCUCUGCGCAAAGGACACGUAAGUGCUUUCUUCUGUAAAAUCAUUUCAUUGUGUAACAUCCUGUUUUACCCUGGAAGACGUGUGUUUGUACAGUAUGUGCUGUGUAUAUCUCCCUCUACUGCUUGUAUAGAAUAGCAUUUAUUUUUUAUACCAGCUAGAUAUAUUAUUACAGGAUUCUUGCCACUGAUUCGGAGCUACUCAAGAAAUUUAUCGACAAAACCUGCUUCAGCAAAGCAUCCUUUCCCGUCGUUGCACUUUUGACGUCACUGUGGACAGACUGGUUGCUACUCAUCCUCUCUUCGGUCGAUAUCCAGUUUUCGUGUUUCGGACAGUGUCGUGAGCUGCCGGGGUUCCAGCAGUGGUCGCUGAACAAAUUGUAUCCAUGUAAGACUCGAGUAUGCAGUCAGUUUUUAACAGGACCACAAUUGCUAAGCUGUAGUUGCAUCAAAUGGAACACAAUAAACACUUAAAUAUUA